AUGCUCCUAGCCCAUUACACUAACCCUCCAUUGACACGGCGCUCACCUCAAUCGUUAACCUCACCACUGACCCUAACGAACCUAAAGUAUUCCGAAUAUAUAAACAAAUCGUUUGAAUACUCCGGUCUACUUAGUGUUCUACUAUAUGAGAGUUUAAAGAUGGCCUAUGAACUUCCGAACAAUCUCAACCUAGUGAACGAGGACUCUGUCAAUGGUCUUUGGAAUUCAAUCCUUGGUCAUUACUAUUUUCCGUAUCCCGAUUAUAUCAUCAAGCCAGAGGGCAGGAUCGAAAGCGUCAGAGGGGCUAAUCUCAGAUUUGCCGAUCUUGUCGUGUGUGACCCAAACGGAGUGCAUAAACUGGUCUUUGAAGGGAAGAGGCAUGGACUGGGGGACAUCACGAAGGCGGAUGCUAUCCAACAGGCCACAGCCUAUGCGCAAGGUUGCAAUGUCAGAUUCGCCAUUGUCGCCAGCGGCAGAGAGGUAACCUUUCUUCAGGUCGAUAACCAGGGGUCUGCGGUACUCGUUCCCCCAGGCACGACCUUCGCCGGCUGGAUAGAUAUGGUUGAUAAGAUAAGUAUGGUUGAUCAGAGACUGAAAUACAUCAAAAUGAUGAUUGAGAUGGCUCAUUGA